AUGGAGGACCUUCUAGGACUCACGGGAGGAGAGAUCCUCCACCGACGUCUCAUCGACCACGGUGUGGACCACGUCUUUGGACACCCCAAGGCAGGGGCACUGGCAUUAUUCCGGGAUGUUUACAAGUCUCCGGUCAUUCGGGUGGUUCCCUCGCGUCAUGAACGAGGUGCCGGCCACAUGGCGGAGGGCUACGCGAAGGCAACCCGGAGACUGGGCGUCGUCUUCGGGAGCACUGACCCCAGUAGCUCCAACGUCAUCAGCCCAAUGCUGGAUGGCCUUCUGGAUGGAACACCGACGGUGGUGAUCCGUGGCCAGGUCCCCGCCGCUCACGACACCAACGCCCCCAAGGAGGGAAAAUCCAUCGAGCGCGUAGGGGCGUGUAUGAAGUGGCGUGCGCGUGUGCGGCGGCUGAGCGAGUUGCCUGGUGCGAUCGAUGCGGUAUUCCUUCAUGCCACGGGCAAAAAGCCUGGACCGGCCCUUUUGGACAUAUCCUCUGAAAUCGGUGAAGCCUUCUUUGACUCGCAGACCCUACAGGAGUUACCGAGCGUAUCGCUGAUGGUCGAGAAGGUGCACAGGAAAGCGUGCAGUGCUGUCUCGCCCCUAGCCGACCCUCGCUAUCUGUAUGAGAGGAUUGUCCAUGUAGCCGGCAUGGUGAAUCAAUCCAGACACCCAGUGAUCUGUGCCGGAAAGGGGGUCCUCGCUUCGGCGCGCGGAUGUAAGCUAUUGUCCAAGAUCGCUGAAAAGGCUCAGAUUCCCGUGGCCACCACACUACUCGGCCUGGGAUCCUUCGAUGAAACCCGCGAAGAGGCCUUACACAUGAUUGGGACCCAUGGCGCUCCAUAUGCCAAUUGCGCGAUCCAAAAUGCCGACCUCCUGAUCGUGAUCGGGGCGAGAUUGGACGAGCGCGCAGUGGGGAAUGCAGAUGGGUUUGCUCCGAAGGCCCUUGACCGGGAGGGCGGGGGAAGAGGCAUUGUACAUUUCGACAUCGAUGCCAGUAAACUGGGGAAAGUCAUCGAACCUACCGAAAUCAUUCUCGGCGACCUGUCAGAGACCCUACCCGUGUUACUGUCCCUCUUAACCCCCGUGGGGGAUCGCGUUGCAUGGCUGGACCAGAUCCAGGGUUGGAAACGGCUCUAUACCUUUGACGAACCUCUCAGUAAGGCGAAACAUCGCCCGCGGCCCCAGCAGGUCAUGGCUGAGCUCAACCGCCAAACCACUCCCAUGAAGAGCAGCAUCACCGUGACCACCAGCGUCGGCCAGAACCAAAUGUGGACAUCCCAACAUUUCCGGUGCACUCAUCCACAUUCCCUGAUCACCUCCAGCAGCCUGACCACGAUGGGGUUUGGCGUACCAGCUGCGAUCGGAGCCAAGCUCGCUCUCCCCGAUCAGCAAGUCAUUGCCGUGGACGGGGAUGCUUCGUUUUGCACCACGAUGGAAGAGCUCAUGACCGCGCUGCUGCAUCAAAUUCAGAUCAAGGUGAUCGUGUUCAACAAUGGACAACACGGCAUUUUGUCUCAUCUGGAGAAAGAGUACGGUGCGAAAGCCGGUUGUGGUUCCCAAACGGGUCCCGACUUUGAUCGCCUCGCCCGGAGCAUGGGCUGCCAGGGUCAACGCUGCGACCGGGUCGAAGAACUCCCACACGCUAUCUACUGGUUGUUGCGCUGUCGCGGGCCGGCAUUGCUGGAUGUGGCCAUCAGCCAGGUUGAAAUGGAUGCCAUCGCACCCAAUGGGACGCCGAUGGACACGGUGGCAUGGACAUGA